AUGAAACGGAGAAAUCAAGGAGAUUAUUGCACAUAUACGCGGCGCCUUCUUCAUUUAUCUGCAUUGAUUAGAGAAAGUACCGAUGCCCCGGGUAAUUGGCUGCCCCUAAACCGGCCCUGAAGCAAGAAAGAGAGAGCGAAAACGCGCGCGAGCGGAUUGAAGUGAGAGGGAGAGAAUGAGAAAAAGAGAGAGAGAGGGGCGGAAAGCGUCUGACAAAGAUAGCGGAUGGGAUUUGACUCGAUGGAGACGGUGGUGAUGGUACAAGAGGAAGAGGACGGAUGACUUACGCGGAGUAGGAGCGGCGGGGAAAAAGAACGGAGUGACGAAGGAGCGAGAGAGACAGGUAGAACAUCAUGAUCUGGCUAGGGGUUGUGAAGGGGUUACGGGGCGAAAGGGACAAGCGCAGCUCGGGGGUUCGGGUUAGCUCGUUCGACCCGUUAUCCCUUCUCUCUACCGGAGUCCCGAGUUGCCCCUACCGCUGUCCUUGCUCGAUUCGAACACGUCUCUCCCUCCCUACGGUUGAGGCAGAAGCGCGCGCGCGCCAUAUUUCCCUCUCCUACCGGUCGCUUGGCCUCACCGCUUGGCGGGCGACGAUCGCGAUUGCCGCCUCUCCAGGUAGACUCGUUCCGCUCCCCUACUUUGGUUCCCCACCAAACGUCAGGACAGUGGUGCUAGUCAGCGAGCCUCCCUUUGCUCCCGCCACGGUGACGUCACUCCGAGUAGUGUAGUGCAGUGAGAAGGAGCCAAAACCAGCUCCGUCUGCGUUACAUAGCCCGAGUGUAAGUAACGAGUGCGUUUUCGAGGCGUACCCUACUGGGAAGCCGUAAUUCCGUGUGUGUAUCGAUGUACCCGGCCGGACAUCGUGGUCUCGGUAUCGUCGCGCGCAUACACGCAUAUACGUUCGCGCGACAACGGGAGUUUUACGCCGUACACGCAGUCGGAAAUCGUACGUAACUUGGUGUUGUUCGCGCCAUCGCGUCGUCUCUACGAAGCCCGCUCGAUCUUUUUAGUUCGAGACGAGGCGCGAGAGUGGUGAUAUACAGAUAUCGGUAUCUAUAAAUAUAAUAUACGUGUGCACUCUCGCAUACGUGCGUAUGUACGCGAUAGUCGGAUCACGGAAGAUCUACGUGGUGAUGUGAAAGAAAGAGGAAAAAGUAAUUGUCCUGAAGUGAAUACAUUUAGAGCACACGCUAUGUAUAUACGCUCUCCAUGCGUGUCGCACGUAGUUAUACGUGUGUACGGGCGUGUAUCUAAAUGUAAGCGCGCAUAGAGACGUGUAUAUGUGUACGGUAAAAAAAAGAGUGCCGUCGCUUCGCGCAAAAGGUUACGCGAAGUAAAGGAGCGGUAGGAGAGGAAGAGGAAACGACGCGUUCGAAUUGAUUCGCGUUAUCAACAGUGGGUCACACACUCGCUGCGCGCGCGACCGAAGCUCGUAGGCGAGUGACGAGAGAAUUUCCGCUUUGCACGCGUCCACCGUGACGCUGUGCCGCGUUGCAUCGUCGUGUCGUGUUCGGUGUCGUGUUGUGCCGUGCCGUGCCGUGCCGUGCCGUGCUUGCGCCUCUCCACGAGGCGAGAAGGAGCGCGCGUAUAGCGUUGCCACGAACGCGUGUGCGUCGCGAGGAAUUACGUUAUGCCGGGAUGGAUCGCCCGUGCAGAUGGGGAUCCUUCGCAGUGCCGGGAAGUGGUCGUGGUGUGACGUGUGAUUAAAGGAAAGCAGCCGCAAGUAUCCCCUUACGCGAUUCAGUGAUAUACGAUGUGGUGUUCUUCGGCGACGAUAUUGAUCCUCGCAGUCGUUAUCGUCAGUGGUGACCGCUAUCAAGGCUCCUGCUCCUUCGCCUCUCCCACGUCGACGUCGGAACACGUCGCGGCGCAGAAAUUCGAUCGCGAGAGCCACAUCCUCGUCGCCGUCGUUGUCUCCGUGAUCGUCGCAGCCGCGGCUGUCGUCGGCGCUGCCGUGUCCACGCACGCACGUGUGAUCAUCCCUCCGACGUGCCGCGUCCUCGACGACAGCAUCCGUCGUGUCUGCUGGGCUUGCCUCUUGCCGGCCAGUGACUAGUGAUUAACCGUUUGCCCGACAGUGAUCAAAUUGGAAGUGCCGGAGCGAGGAAAAAGGGGGACGUGUUACGAUUGAUCUCCAUCGUUCGGAGAUAAAGUGAAGACAAGAAGCAAGGGGUGUUGAGUUCCUGACGAGUCAAAAACGGCAGAGGAGAGAGAAAGAGAGCCAGUCCAUUUUAAUCGACCGAAGAGUUGCGCGAUUUGUGUGUUUGUGGAGUGUGCAGUGAAUUACCGUUCCCGGUCGAGGUUGUGUGUCGUUGUACAGUGCCUCCAAACGAUACCACAACAUCCGGUCCCAAAUGAAGAGUUCGGAGCAAAAUGGUUAGAGAGACACGUCACCUGUGGGUUGGAAAUCUGCCGGAAAACAUCCGAGAGGAUCGCAUCAGGGAGCAUUUCAAACGGUAUGGACGCGUGCAGAGCGUCAAGCUGCUGCCACGGGGCGAGGAGUGUCCCGUGGAUGGAGGUUCCAGCAGUUCCCUUGGCGAGGGCAAUGAGGGCGGUUCCGGUUCCAGUUCAGGCGGCGGCGGUGGCGGCGGGAGCGGCGGUUCCUCGACCAGCGGGGGUGCGUCGGCGACGGUGGCGUUCAUGGAUAUCAAGUCCGCAGCGAAGGCCCAUGCGACCGAGCAUACAUUGGACGAACGAGCCCUUACUACACAGUACUACGAGCCCCAACAUCUUCAGCACAGAUUCCCCUCUCACGGGAGUUCGGAGGAUCAUGGAUCCAGCGGCGUUAGCGGGGGAGGAAGCGGUACAAGCGGUGUUUCCGGCGGCGGUGGUGGUAGCGGGAGCACCGGUGCCGGGAUCGGCGGCGGCGGUGGCGGAGAGCGAGGAGAGAGGGGAAGCGAGAGUUUCGACUCACGUGGUUCUCACGGCAACUUCUACGGUAGCGAGAGAAGCAACCGAGUGGUUGGCACCGGGGGUAGCGGCGUCGUCGUCGGCGGCGGCGGCAGCGGUGGUGGCAGCGUCGGCGUCGGCAGUCAUCCGACAGACUCUUCGACGGGGGAUCCCGGUGGCUACAUAUCCCGCGGCCGUCCACCACCUUCGAGCUCCUAUCACGUGACAUCAAGCAGGGCGAGGGAUCGGCUGUAUCCGAGGACCGGCCCGUACGUUUCUGGGCCGCCGCCCCCGCCCCAUUUAGACCGUCAUCGUGGAAGUUUGCCGCCGUCGUCCUGGUCCGCUUACGAGGCGACGAGUUCCAGGUACGGCGGCGCCCCGCCGCCACCCUCACCGGCCACCAAUGACGCUUACCAAGAUGAGCAAGGGAGUGGUGGAGGCGGAGGUAGUAGUAGCAGUGCUCUGCGACAGCACAAAAAGCAGCGCAGAAAAUCACGCAGCGGGAGCAGCUCGCCGAGCGGUAGUAGUCGUUCCGGAAGUAGCAGCAGCAGCCGGAGCGGUAGCUCGGGCGGCAGCACUUCUGGCGGUAGUACAUCGCCCGGUAGCUCGCCGCAUCGUACGAGCAAUGUAGCCGUUACGGAGGAUCGCAGGCCGCUGGCCAUAUGCGUAAGGAAUCUACCGACUCGUAGUAGCGAUACCUCCCUCAAGGACGGUCUUUUCCACGAGUACAAGAAGCAUGGCAAGGUGACGUGGGUGAAAGUCGUUGGUACGGCCGGCGACAGAUACGCCCUAGUUUGCUUCAAAAAGCCCGAGGAUGUCGAAAAGGCCCUCGAGGUUUCGCAGGACAAGCUCUUCUUCGGCUGCAAAAUCGAAGUGGCUCCUUAUCAGGGUUACGAUGUCGAGGACAAUGAAUUCAGGCCGUACGAGGCAGAGCUCGACGAGUAUCAUCCAAAGGCGACGAGGACGUUGUUCAUCGGAAAUCUUGAGAAAGAUGUCACUUCGUCCGAACUCAGGAAGCAUUUUGAACCAUUCGGCGAAAUAAUAGAAAUUGACAUUAAGAAACAAGGCGCCGUGUCGAGUUAUGCUUUUUGUCAAUAUUCGGAUAUCGGUAGCGUUGUUAAAGCCAUGAGGUCGAUGGACGGCGAACAUCUAGGUGCAAAUCGAAUCAAGCUCGGAUUCGGAAAAUCAAUGCCCACAUCUUGCGUUUGGGUUGACGGCAUUGGUGAUUCGGUGUCCGAGAAAUAUCUAAAUAUACAGUUUCUUCCAUUCGGAAUGAUAACUCAGAUAUCGAUAGAUCGUGAACGUGGCCACGCUUUGAUCUUUUUCGAUCAAAUAAACUGCGCUCAAGCUGCUGUGAAAGAAAUGAGGGGAAACACCCUUAGCGGCCAUCGUGGUCGCCGUUUGCAGGUCGAUUUUGCCUCAAGGGAGUGUCAAGAGACGUUUUACGAACAUAUCAAGGAACGUCAAGGAAUCAGCAAUGAAAAGAUUUGGGACUCGAGGCCCUCGCCGGCGUCGUCAUUCGACGUGACGAUUCCUUCUAGGCGUGAACGCAGCAGCUUUGACUCGGCGGUGACAGUGUCGAGUUCGAGCAGCAGGUUUACGCGUUACGACACGCCUCCGCGAUCGCGAACAGCGAGCUACUCGCGGACGUCCGGGAGUAGCACACCGGGUGCAAGUCCAGCUCAUCCGACUGCGAUGUCGCGAAGUGGCAGACGAUCCUACCAGGAUUCGUACUACGACGGUGAUUACAGUGAGCCAGCGUCGCGACGAUUCCGCAGUUACGACGAGUUCAGUCAAGGUAGCGGUGCAAGUCACGACGACUAUCAGAGCAGCGUCCUCAGCGAUGGCAAACUCAACGACGACGAUUGCCCGCCGCCCUCGCGGCGCCACGUAGUACAAAGUGUCGUCACGAGCGUCGAUCCACCUGCGCCGCCGCCACCAUUAUUACCUCCGCCCGACAUUCGGCAUCUUCAAAAGGAACGGGUCCAUUUGUUGGAACAACUUGAAGAGUGCCACAGUAGUGGCGACGAAGUCGGUUUUCCCAUAAAGAAACGUGCGAAACUCGACAGUUCGUCGACAACGAUACUGUGCGAAGACGAUGAGCCGGAAAUCGCGUCGUUGCUCGUUACUUCGCAUUCUACUAGAAAAGGCAUGGACUUUAGACGCGUUAGUGAUAGUAAAGUAGUGGUGCAUCAUAGCACAAGAAGGAGUAGUUGCGAGAAUAGGGUUCCUGGACCUUGCAAGCGUCGUCGGGAUGCUACUAGCAGGCAUCACGAACACCAUGAUGGAUCUCGGCCCGGUACGCCUCUUGUUGACGAGCGACCGGAAAACUUGGUGCCUAGCGAACCCAGACGAUUUAGAGAAAGGAGUCACGAGGGUCCACUGUCGUUGCCUUUACCGAGGUUUGCGGCGCAAAUGUUGAACAACAACAACAAUACGAGCAGUAGCAAUAACAACACCGGCAGCGCCGGCACUCGAUCGAGCAGUGCUAGCCUGGCUAAGGUCGCUAGUCCGCCGUGUGCCAGCCUGUCCACUGCUCCCAGUCCUCGUGCAGCUCCGCAACCACCGGCUUCACCACCUCCUAGACACGCCAGCUCGAGCCCGACCAGUUCCGACAGCGAAACAGCGCCGCAGUCUCCUAGUCUGGAAGAGAGGAUACGCUCUCUGGAUGAAAAGUAUGAAAAGUGGUCCGGUUCGAGAGCGUUGAGUGCUGCCGGCGGUGACGCUCUGGCGAAACUCGACGCCAGCGCUUCGGAAAGAUUUCGAAUUCGGCAUAAGCUGCUCGAUUUGGAUCUUCGCGACGUGAAACCUUCCGACAUCGUGAAAUCAGUUCUUGCGAAAAGAAGUGUGUUCGACGAGGACUCGAAGCGGUUGGAGAACUUUAGUGAAAAAUACGAACCGCGGGAGUUCACCGGUGUUAUUGGCGUUAGCUCUAUGAUAGGUAGCACCGCCGGUCUCACCACUAGCGGUUGCACCAGCAAAGUUUGUCUGCAGUAUCCGUUUCCUAGUCAUCCGCCGGUACAGCCGACCAGCGGUACUUCGAUCACCAGUCAAAUCGGCAUUAAUACGUCAUUGUCCGCGAGUCUGACUCCGACGACGACCGUGGCACCAUCGAUGCUGAAGACUGAUCCACGGAUGGUGCAGCAUAACUGUAUACAUCCAACGCCGGCAACGCCAAUCACACCCGGCACAUCUAUCAAGACGGUUAGUCCCGAAUUACCACCGGUUUCUCUACCGAUCGGUCUCGGUAGCGGAACGGCAGCUAGUAGCGGCAACGGUAGUGGUUUAGCGUCAGCCAGUAGUCUUCUAAGCAGCAACGGUAAUCUAAGUAAUAUUCAUACCCUCGGAGCCUCGACGCACAGGGGAUUGAGCAUCUCCGCGACUACUGCGUCGCCCACGGUGACGGCAGCGUCAACGGAUGCCUUCUCAGCUGCGAUAACAACAACAGCGACACCGGUUACGACGUUGAGCACGACAGCUUCGUCAACGGCAACGACGAUGACAACGACGUCCGUAACGAUUUCUUCCAUGACAACUACCAGUUCGAUAGCUCCAUCGUCUUCCAUAACAUCUUCAUCCAACUCUUCCUCUUCAUUGUUAUUAUCCACAUCUUCCACAGAUUUGCCUCGUCCUCGGUUGAAAAAGGAAAUGAGCGGUAGCAGUCGGGAGAGCAGAGAUUCUCGCGACGGGAAGGAGAGCAGAGAGUCAAAACACGGUAAAGGAAAAGAUUGUCAAAGAAGAUCGCGGAAGGAGGAGGUUGACGCCGAGAGAAAUCGUAAAGAAAAGGAUGAAAGAGAAAGCUCUAGCGUUGCGAACGACAUCGGUAAUACGGAUAAUUAUCAUAGCAAAGAUUUCAAGGAUAAUAAGGAUAACAAAGAGCUGAGGUAUGAACGAAAAGAACGGGAGGAAAAGGAAAGGAGGGAUAAAGAAGAUCGUGAGAGGCAGGAGCGAAGGGAUAAAGAAGAUCGUGACCGACAAGAGAAAAAAGAAAGAGAGGAACGCGAGAGGCGCGAAAAAGACGAGGAACGACGGGAAAGAGAAAGACUAGAUAAGGAACGGCAAGAGAAGGACAGAAGAGAACGAGAAGAAAGAGAACGCGAGAGAAAGGAGAGGGAGGAGAACGAACUUAAAGAAAAGGAGAGGCGAGAGAAGGAACGUAUCGAUCGCGAGAGGAGAGAACGAGAGGAGAAAGAACGGCAGGAGCGGAGGGAACGCGAAGAGCGUGAGAGGAGAGAGCGCGAAGAACGUGAAAGGAAAGAACGUGAACUUCGUCUGGAGCGCGAGAAGCAAGAAAAGGAGCGUCUUAGAAGAGAAAGAGAAGAACAAGAGAGAAGAGAGAAGGAAGAGCGAGACAGAAGGAGAGAAGAAAAGGAGCGUCUCGAGCGGGAAAGAAAACGAGAGAGAGAGGAGAAGGAAAGACUCGAACGCGAACGGCGGAAAGAAAAGGAGGAACGAGACAAGCUGGAAAAAGAGAAACGUGAGAAAGAGGAGCGGGAAAGGCUGGAAAAACUGGAAAAGGAAAAACACGAGAGGGAGAAGCGACGGGAGCGGGAGGAUCAAGAAAGGCGAGAGAAAGAAAAGGCCGAGCGGGAAAAGAGAAGGGAUCGCGAGGAGAAAGACAAAGAAAAGAGAGAACGCGACGACAGUAGACGGCAGUCGACCGAGAAUCAUUUACAUCCUUCCGUUACGCAAUCCCAGAGUCAAGUCGCUCCCGCGCCGGUGCCGAUCAAGCGCAGAUGUUCGUCGCAGGAUGGUCCGGACGACGACGGGAAGCGUAUCAAAAUGUCGGAUCAUCGACGGGACAGCAAAGAUCGCUCCAGGCAGAACAGGAGAUCGGAAGACCGCAAGCAUCGCAAUGACUCGCAUCGUUCUAGUCGAGAGAGCAGGGAGAGUCGUGACAGUAAAGAGAGCGGCAGUGCGACGCAAGACACCAGAGACGGGACGCACGGCGAAUCGAAUCGAGAAAAUAAUUCGAAAGACAGCGGAAAUAAAGAGAAGCAGCGAAGUAAGAAGAACCGAUCGGAAAAAGAAUCGAGGGAGCGUAGUCCGAGAGUCUCGCACGAAUCCGACAAGGAAUUUCUGUCGAGACUGGAAUUGUCCAAGAGAAACAACUCGAGCCCGUCGACCGAGCAAACUUCCGUGGGUUCUAAUCAUACGAGAGAUGCGCAACAUCACCAGCAGCAGCAGCAGCAGCAGCAGCAACAGCAGCAGUCUACGUUGAAUUCGCACAGCGACGUGGACGACGGUCCGCUUUCCACCCACGAAAUGCAAGUGACGAGAAAUCCAUCGGCCACAGACACGGACAGCGACGAGCCGAAGAAGCACUCGAUCUUCGAUAUCGUCGACGACGAACCGGCUUACAUCAGCAUGUACGAUAAAGUGAAGGCUCGUUCGACGAAGAACAUGCAAAAACUGGAGGAGGAGAAACGUCAGGUGCGUCUGAAAGACAAAUUCUCGCAGUUGAAGCAAAGUCGCGCUAGACGAGAGGAAAAGAAACAGAGCGCAUCUUGGGACGGCGAUUCGGUCAGUAGUAAAGCUUUGACCGAGGACGAGGCCACUUCGGAAUCGGAUUCGACGAGAACCAAGUCUCUAUCGAGAAAAGGCUCACGGUCCCGCAUUCAUUCGGAUACUAGUGAGGAAGAGGAGCCGUUCAACAAUAAAGUUCGCAAGUCUGUAAAGACCGAGAGAUUCCUCGAGAGCGACGUCGAUCUUGGCUUCGCCGAUACCGAAGAGAAGCAGAAUCCGCUGGAAGCUUCGAACGUUAUUGUGAACAGCGUGCAUACAAAUGUUAAAGAGGAGCCUCGUACGUCCGACGAGGACGAGCGAAUUGGCUUCCGUACGAAUCACCCGGCAAUAGUGGUGAACAAUCACGAAAGAGAUUCGCGAAAGAAAUCACACAAGAAGAAACAAAAACGCCAGAAGAACAGCAUCUCGAGCGAGGAUAAUUUGAAGACCACGCCGACGGAAAAUCUGGAACACAAGAAAACUAAUGUCAUCACGUCGAAUUCAGACUGCCGACCGAAUCACGCCACGGAGUUGAGCGCUGCCACGACUAUUGUCGCGACAGCGUUGGACAAUGCCGAGGAAAGAAUGCGCGCCGAUAAGAAACAGCGUAGUAAAAAGGAGAAGAGGCGAGAUCGGAACGGAGAAGAUAAAGCGAAAGCGAGACGAAAGAGGCUUAACAGGCAAGAGGCGAGGGAUUCUCAACGCAUGGAGGAUAUCUUCGGACCUCUUUCUGACGACGUUGACGACGGUCCUUCCAACACAUUCUUUAACAGAUUUAACAAUUUGACGUCGGAAAACAGUGCUUACGCUUCGGAUAGCGACGGUGGUCGCAGCUCGCUCGACAUGGACAGAGUGAGACGGAAAACGGAAAAGAAACGGCGUCAUCUGCCGGAAGACGAGAACAGCGUCGAUUUGGCUGAGGCCGGCCGUGAGAUCGAAGCGAAGCUCCUGAGCAUGCCGAGCUCUCCGAAGACCGCUCCUGCGUGCACCGAGUCCAACGAUCACGACGUCUUUCGAUUCACCGACGACAACGACAGCGUCGAGCCGUCCACACCUUCGACGGUGCCGGAGAAGGUGAAGGAAAAGAAAAAGAAGCGGAAGAAGUCGAAGGAAGAGCGCAGUCGGAAGGAUUAUCAUCAUCAUCAUCACCACCAUCACCAUCAUCACGAGAAGAGCGGCGAAUUACCUUAUCUGGGCGCCGAACCUAGUCCGCCGAGAGCGAGCAGUCCGUUAGUACCUAAGACAAUAUCGCCCAGCUUGCCGACGCCUAGAGAAGCAUUAUUGAGCCCGAUACCGAAAGUAACUUCCAAUGUGACGACCGUACCGUCGAUCACGUCACCGGUUGCCAGUACUAUUCAGACGCCCAAGCCGGAGAAGAAGAAAGACAAGUUCAUACCCGGCUUUGGAAUGGAAAUAGACGAGACAAUUCACGAGAACGCUGUGAAAAGUAUUUCUGAGCCCGAGGAGAGAGACAGCAGUUGUCAGUCGAGAAGCGGCAGGGAGGAACCGGAAGUGCCUGUACCAACGACGCCGCCGGCGCAGAACGAGGACAAGCCGCGUGUGGCGAUAUCGCAGGAGGAAACGGAGGACGCUGUCGCCGCGCUGCUCGAAGAAACAUUCGGCGCCUCGACGGAGGACUUCUCUUACGAGGGCGAAGAAGAAGAAGCGGAAGCGGACGGAGUCGCCGGGGCAUCGGCCGAGGCGCCUCAGGAAGACGUCGAGGAGAUGCAGCAAGCCGUGGAGAGUCUGAACGCCUCGACGGUGGAAGGCGACGCGGAUCUGAAACCCGAUACGCCACAGAGCGAGCACGAUCUGCAAAUCGACACGGACACGGAGGAGGAUCCGAAUUACGAGACGGUCGAUCUCACGCAGCCUCCGAAGACCCCGGAUAUACCGUCGUUCUACAAAUCCCCGACGAAAACGCUGAGCAUGGCGCCCGUGUUGACCGCGCCCGAGAAACCGGUGGAGGUGCGACUACCACCGGCAGUCGCGAAACCACCGAGUCCGCCGAGCUCCGUGAUCGCUCACUCGUGGAACUUGAACGAGCAUAACAAGCCACGCGAAACCAUCAAGCCCGUGCAGUUGGACACCACCGAGUCGGACGUCGCCGAUGUCGCCAGUCCGGAAAGAACGGCGCAGGCACGGCGAGCGUCCGCGUCGCCGCCUCCGCCGCAAUACAAACAACCUAUGCUGGUGCCCUGCAGCGUGCCGAUCACAACCGAAGUACCGAAGGCGCUCUCCGCUGCGAGUUCGCGACCAUCGCCGAUCACGGUGCAGCCUCUGUAUCAGAGGCUGCCCGUGUCCCCGCAGUCUCAAAUGGUGCCUAUGCGCCAAGCAUCUCCGAAAUUGCAAAACGUCACGACGGUUUCCUGCUCGUCGUCGAACACGACAUCACUACCACCGUUGGUUCCGUCGAGAAUGCCGCCUUUGGUACCGUCGCAGCCGUCACCGCGCGUCUCUCAGCCGCUCUCGCCGAACGGUCAAUGGUCGCGAAAUCCUACGUUAAGCCCGCACGUGCCUAACGUGGGAAAGAGGAAACCCUCGUCGCCGCCACCGACGAAGAUCGCGGUGUGCGUACCUAUCCCCGCUCACAGGCCGGAAGCGCCGGUUCAACAAAUCUACUCGACCGCGGCGACUCAGCAGCCAGUGAUACAGCACGCCUCCGGCAUGUUAGCACCCACGCCCGGUUAUCCUCGCGGUGGCUUGCCGCCGUUGACUUUGAAUAUUCCGCCGCGACCUUACAUGCCGGUGCCACCGUUGGCAUCCGGUAUUCAGGUUAAGAGUUCGCGUGACUCCUCUCUGAGCGGCAAAUCCGUGAUCGAGACGUUGCUUCCUGUGAAUCCUAACGAGCCACCGCAGAGACUGGAAGAGCCGAAAUUAUCGCCCGCCGUUAUACCGGAGCCAACCAACAAAGCGUCCACCUCGCCUAAGGUUCCUUCGCCGAAUCAACCGCCCACAUACAUUCCCGAAACGGCGAAGAUCGAGAUCAACGCCAGUACAUCCAGCCCGGUAUUCGGCAAGCCGGCUUACGUCACGGACAGCUACACCAUGUCCUCUAGAACGCAGAAACAAAUGUCUAUUACAACGGAUAGCAAUCUACUGUCGCCCAGACAAAAGCAAGAGGUGUCGAAUCUUCAACUUCUAACCACACACGUACCUCGCUCUUCUACGCCGAGUCCUGUCAUCGUCGCGCACGGUCAAUCUCACUUAAUUCACAAGUCCGUUCACACUCUAGGCCCGCCGCCGACAGUCGCCUCUCCGAAUCAGCCGUUAAUAAAGACCGUGGUGCCUGUAGUUCCUCAGCAAGCAACGCCGAACGUACCAUCGUCGCUGCCGAGCGACAAAUGCAUCAUUCCGCAAACGCCCAUCACUUGUCAAAGACAGUCGCCCGUGUCUCAAAGUCAAUUAGUCAACAAGUCUCACGUACCUCUGGUAUCCACGUCUUCGAUGUCGACGCCACCGGUGAACGAGAAGAGCACGCCGGAAUGUGUAGAGACGCGUGUGAUACAAGGAGAGCCACUGGAGCUGGAUGCCGAAGCGCAGAUCACUCAAACUGUACAACCGAUGCAACUGACGCCGCCCAUCGAAACGAUACGACAGGUCGACGAGAUAAAGCAAGAACCAGUUGAAGUCAAGCAAGAAGACACGGCGGACGAAACUAAAUACAACAUAAUUGAAUCCGAGAAACCUUUGAGUCAACCGUGCGUAGAAGAUGACGUAAAACCGAAACAAGAGAAGCAAGAGGUAAUUAAAACGGAGAUCGCGCCGUGCGUUCCUAAGGCCGAAGUUACCGACGUCGUCGUACCGAAACUCGAGACGGAAACUCCUAUAAAACUGGAGCCUACGAAUGACGUUAAGGAAGAGGAAGCUGUCAAAGAGAACGAUGAGGUGGAAUUGGACGAAGAGCCAGCGGAAGAUCCGUUGAAAGAGCCGAGCACGGAUCCCCUCGCUAUCGAUUCCAAAGAAGAUCCAACCGAUAGCAAAGAAGACAGCGAUUACUGGUCGGCGAAGGAGGUGAACAUCGAGAGCGUCAUAAAGAAGGUCGAUGCUCUGUGCGACGGUGAAGGUAACGACGGCGAUGACGAGGCGCAGCAGGCCGACAGCGCGAACAGCGACUCGCACGACACCAGCAAGAACGAAUCGGAUUGGUUCGAUACGGAGUCAACGGAGGGCGAGAGUAAGAAGAGCUUCGUGUCCGCCGAGGAUCACGAUGAAAGCGUGGAAACGUGUGAGAACGAAUCUACGAGGAGUCGUCGCGGCAGGACGAAAAGUAGGCGCGGCAGUCGCGGUGGGGUUACCACCAGGCGAGGUGGCAGAAACGCGGCCGCCGUCUCUCACAGACGAGGCGGCAGAAGUCCAAGAGGCAGUAAGCAUCAUGUGGAGAAGAAUAAAUUGCCAGCCGACGUUUACGAGUUCCACGACGACAGCGAGGAGGACAACGCCGGCCGUCCGCGACUGAUUCUCACUAUUAAGUCUCCAGGACCGAAUGUGACGGGAACGAAUGCGCAGCCAGCAACGCCCGUGGCUGCAGUCAAGGAAGUGCCGCCGGAGGAGUUUGUCUCGCCCGCUGCUAACACGAGAAAGUCGAGAAGAUUGGCGGAGAGGGACGGCAGUCGCAAUACGGUGGACGACGUCAUCGAGGACGUUGUCCGUGGAUCGCCGGUGAAUAAAUUAUUGAGCGGUAACGCCGGGAACGUGCACGCGACUAGACGAAGUACCAGACACAACAAUGCUCCGCGCAACACGACGCAGCAGCCUGCCAUGCAGCUAACGGAACUCCGCAAGUCGCCUAGGGGCAGCCGCAAAGCAGCGAGACGAAUAUCCGAAAAUAACGAUGAUAGCGGAGAGGAGAAGGCGAAGGAAGUAGCAGCGGUGCCGCAGGAGAGUCCGAAUAAAGAAGAACCGAAACUGGCACAACCGGAGAGUCCGAAGGCGGAAGAAUCGGCUCAAGCUGCCACGCCAGCUGCGUCGCAGAAGGCGGUGUCGCUCGAGCCGAUGACGUUGAUCGAUCCAGUCACCGGAAUGCUGAUACCGAUGAGAGAGUCCGAGGAAGGUCAGUACAUACCGGUGUCCACGACAUCCGGCCAAGCGCAAACCACCAACAGAACACUGUGCGAAUCUCGAAGCGGCGGAUUGAUCAGCGCAAGUCCGACCAACGAAGCGCCGCGAGCGAAAGCCGUUCCCGAAAGUUCUCUGCCGGCGCCCGCCGAGCCGAAGAAGGAAGCCAUCGUGGAGCACACGCCUUGUCAACCGACUCAGCAAGUUCAACCGCAAACUAGUGUGAUCACGAAACCGCAAUCGCCGGCGGUACAAGUCACUCCUACCAUCACUGUUGCGCAAUCUUCAACAGCAAGCACGACUAUUGUCACCAACGUGACUGUAACGGCCACGCCGACUACGGCGGCGCAACCGGUGCUCACUUCUUCCCCGCAAACGAAACCUACGAGCUUUAAGGCGCAUGUGUUGAACGCUAGCAAGCUAGUGACAUCUUCUCAGCAGCAGCAGGUUGUCAUCACGAAACCGGCUCCGAGCCUACCGAAUCAAACGAUAGUGCAGAACAUCGUCAAGCCGCCCGCGCAAGCGAUACAAGGUCUCAAUCUGCAGAUACCACCUGGCAGAGUCGUGUCGCCCAGCCUGAGUCCGCGUGCGAAACAAACGGCGCAACUUACCUCAGCAAAUGCGAAACAAGGACAACCCAUGUCCCCUGUACUCAACAACACCGGGGUACCGCCUAAUCCUAAGCAGCAUCUUCUGCAAGCCGCCAAACAGCAAACAUCGACGAUAGUGAAUAUGUCGCACAAAAUAUGCAUCGCCGAUUUGUCGCCGAUAAAUAUGCAUCCCGCCAAUGUGAAUGUUACUGCCUCGUCGCCAAGAAUUCAUCAACCGGUCUCACAGCCGACUGCUCUCAAGGGUAUCAAUGGACAACCUCAUCCGCUCAAUCCGAAAACGCACUUGCUGCAGGCGGCAGUCCCGAUUGUCACAGUAACAAGUUCACCUACGCAACCGCAUCUCGUCAAUCCGCAGCCGAUUUCAACCGGUGUGAGCAAUGUCCGACCACCGGGACCGAAAGCUCCUAUCACAACAAUGGAGUCACAAAAAGUAGAAGUACCGAUGUCUGGUUGUAUUAUGGUGCCCACAGCAAGCCCGCAAAGUCGUAAUGUGCCAAUGCCGACAUAUGAAGCACCGCUGCAUGGAAGCACGGGUGCUACUCCACCAGGGGGUCAGUAUGGUCUCGUCCCCCCGCAUCGAUCCCAGAGUCCUCCAUUGCCUCCACCUGCCCAUCAUCAUUCUAAUACUUCACAGAGUGAAGUUGUCAAUCAUUACGGAGGAUUAGGCCGAGGUGGAGAGCUACCUCACUAUCUGCAUCCUCAAAUGUUGCAGUAUCAAUAUCUGCGUGCACAGCAGGAGGCGUUAACGGCUCCUCGCAUAGCUUAUCACAUUCCAGGAACAAGAUCUCCGCACUUACCUUUGGAUCCGAAACACGAUACUGGCAUAGAAGACAGUCACAGUCCUCCCUUAGAAUUGAGACGAGGAACGAGAACACCUCAGGAUCGUACUACCGACAGUCCACAAGUUGCUCAAGUUUACAUGUUACACGCAGGGGGCGUGAGGUUACCACCGCCUCCACCGCAGUACAACGCGGGAAGUAAUCCAUCGCUACCAGCCGGUGCUAGAGCGGGUUAUUACGAACCACCGCCCGCUCAUUUACGUUCUCAAUAUCCCAUGGCUGCCAGCGAAGCGCCGCCUGAGAUGGGCAGAGCCACAACGCCGGAGAGAUGUAGGAAACGUCAGGCCCUCACACCGCCGCCGCCGUAUGCGUCUCAGGUGCCGCCGCCGCAAGCGGACUCGUUUCAGAUGCUAUUGCAGCGUUACCCGGUUAUGUGGCAAGGUUUAUUGGCACUCAAGAACGACCAAGCAGCAGUACAGAUGCACUUUGUCUUUGGUAAUCCUAACGUAGCUAGGGACAGUCUCCCUUGUAAUAGCGACGGCUCCACACCACCGUUGAGAAUAGCCCAAAGAAUGAGAUUAGAACAAACACAAGUUGAAGGCGUGGCAAGAAAGAUGCAGACUGACAAUGAACAUUGCAUGCUGUUGGCAUUACCUUGUGGUCGUGACGAAGUAGAUGUAUUGCAACAAAGUAAAAAUCUUCAGACAGGAUUCAUCAUGUACCUCCAACAAAAGCAGGCUGCUGGAAUCGUAAACAUUGCUGCACCCGGAUCACAACAGCCGGCGUAUGUAGUUCACAUUUUCCCGUCCUGUGACUUUGCGCAUGAAAAUUUGGCCAGAAUCGCACCGGAUCUACUUCACCGUGUCGCAAAAAUCGCUCAUUUACUAAUCGUCAUUGCUACAGUUUGAGGCCAAUCAGUGAUCUACUGGAUUAUGAUUUAUCUGCAUCUGUCAUCUUCACGCACCACAGGACACUUCACAUAUGGUAUGAAGCCUGAAGUGUCCACCUGACAUACGCAUAAUUGUGCGACAAAAAAAGAGAUGCGUUCAAAACAAAGAGCUCCUUAUCUGGAGUUGUAUCAGUGACAAUCAAAUGGAACCCGGCGGUAAGCCGAUUUUUAGAUCGUAGGCCUAAAAGCAAGGCACGAGGUUGUGCAAUGAAGUCAGGUUAGCACGGUUAACGCGCCGGUAUCAUCGUGCGUGCCUUUCUUCGACGAAUUUCGCGCAGGCAAGCUCGGUUUCUCUUUUUUUGUUUCCUUUUUUUUUCGGACGACUUGUAACUCGCGUCAAGUACUGACAACGUUUGUGGGAUCGACCGACAUCACUCUUGGUCUUUCUGACAAGCGGGUCAGGCACAACCCCAGCCUUCGGACAAGACCUUCGAUUCGUCACGCAAUGCCCGUUACUUAUGCUCGUCCUUCCCGUAGAGGAAACAGUAAAUAACCCGUUGCUCUAGAUGGACAAGUCAACUGCGAAGUAAAAUAAAGAAUAGAAGGAUCCAACGUACCCUAUCACUAUGAGCUAUUUUAAGUAAGGCUUAGGCAUUAAUGAUAAAUUGUGUAAAUUAUAAGCGAGCCACCGAGGGCAUAACUACUGUGAUUUUAAGUAUUUAACAAUAACAUAACUGCGUAAAAGGAGAAGACAAAAAGUAAAAACGUAUAAGAGGGUUGCCCGACUAAUGGUCCGUGCGGUAUGUGAUGUGUUUUUGUAUAAAAUAUUGCUCUAUAUAAAUAACUAUGUAUUAUAUUACUGUAACGAUAGUGUUGCCGCUGCCCGUUGCUGCUGCCGCCGCCAAUCGUGACGAAUUAGAAUGUAAAUUAUAAUGUUAGACCUCUAGCACAGAAAACGAGAGAAGUUGGGCUACCCGAGUAGAAUUUGCGAUCUAUUUAUAGAUCUAUCUAUUUGCGAUCCUAGUGUAUCAUAAUUUCCCAUAGCAGGAUGCGAUAUAUAUUGUGAAUUAUUAUUAUUAUUAUUACUAUACUCUUAGCAUUAUACGUCUUAUACAUAAAAAAAACUUUUUAACAUUACUUUCUAUUCUUAUUCUUUAUUAUUAUAAUUAUUAUGGUUAUUAUUAAUAUUAUCGCCAGUGUUGCCAGUGUCGUUGUAAUCAUAACAUACUACGUGUGAAAUGAAUUAGAUCAAAUCAAUCGUCUUUUUUAUACGAAUUAUAUAAAAGAAGACGAAUAUUAUGCAUAAAUACUUACAUACGUACAUACAUACAUACAUACACACACAUGC